AGCUAGGUGUCAGUAUGUUGCUGCUGUUGUGUUCAAGACGUCGUGUCUUAAUAUAAACUCUGACCUGGAGGCAGUUCUCAGACCACAGCCUUACUCGUACUCUGGUGUUACUUCAGUUCAUGGCUCAAGAUGUAUAACUUUGUGGUGUUCUGCUUUUCAUCAGUGGCUCUUCUGGCCUGUGUAAAAGGUGCUUUUCCUCCACCAUGUGACAGUGAAAUCUACUGCACUGGGCCCAUCUUGCAUCAGGUGCAGGAAGCUAAACUAUUCAGUGAUGACAAGUACUUUGUUGACAUGAAGCUGAAGGAAACUCCUGAUGUUGUUUUGUCGGCUUUUCAUAACCUUUCACAGGAACAUCCAAACACGACCGUCCCGCCUGGCAAACUGCAGGAGUUCCUCACUACGUACUUUGAGGCACCAGGGACAGAGUUUGAGUCGUGGACACCACCAGACUGGCAUGACAAGCCAAAGUUCCUUGAGGGAAUAGCAGACCAAGAACUACAUAACUGGGCUGAAAAGAUACAUCACCUGUGGAAGUCUCUCGGCAGAAAGAUCCGUGCCAGUGUUAAAGAUCACCCAGAGCUCUACUCGCAGAUAUACACCCCACAUCCUGUUGUUGUGCCAGGAGGGCGCUUCAGGGAACUCUACUAUUGGGACUCCUACUGGGUCAUCAACGGGCUCCUGCUGUCAGAGAUGACAGACACGGCCUAUGGGAUGAUUCAAAACUUCCUCUACCUUGUCAACAGAUAUGGCUUUGUUCCAAAUGGUGGGCGGAUUUACUAUGAAAGGCGCAGUCAGCCUCCAUUCCUCACUCUAAUGGUGGAGAGCUACUAUCAAGCAACCAAGGAUAAAGAUUUCCUCAGAUCAGCUUUACCGGGUCUGGAGCAGGAGUACCGCUUUUGGAUGCAGAACCGUUCUGUGGCCGUGAGACUGAACGGAGCAGAACAUGUACUGAACCGGUACGACGUGCAGGUGGGCUUGCCCAGGCCCGAAUCCUACACAGAUGAUCUGGAAUUGGCAGAAGGACUCGCUGACGACCGUAAAGAGCAGCUGUGGAUGGAUCUGAAGGCGGGAGCAGAGUCGGGCUGGGACUUUACGUCCCGCUGGUAUAUAGAUGGUGACGGCCACAACAACGGCACCCUGAGAGACACCCGCACCAGCCAGAUCCUGCCUGCUGACCUCAACGCUCUGCUGUGCCUCAGCGAGAAGACUCUCGCUUCAUUUCACAGGAUUCUGGGUGAUGGUGACUCAGCUGCACUGUAUGACCAGGCUGCAGCCCGCAGACUGCAGGCGAUAGAGUCUGUGCUGUGGGAUGCUGAGAGGGGAGCUUGGUUCGACUACAACCUGGUGACGCACUCCAAACAUUUUGAGUUUUACCCCUCCAACCUGGCACCUGUUUGGGCGCAGUGCUAUUCUCGGCCUGAGAUGGGAGAGAAAGCAGUGCAGUAUCUGAAGAGGAGUGGUGCCCUCCAGUUCCCCAACGGAGUCCCGACGUCGCUGAGAGACUCCGGGCAGCAGUGGGAUUAUCCCAACGCGUGGCCUCCUCUGCAACACAUGCUCAUCAGUGGUUUAUCCAAGCUGCCUUCAGAGGACGCUCGGCAGCUAGCGCUCGACUUGGCCCAGCGUUGGAUCAGGACCAACUGGUUGGCGUACGGGAAGUAUGAAGCCAUGUUUGAAAAGUACGAUGUGAACGGAGAUGGCAAACCUGGCGGUGGAGGAGAAUACGAAGUUCAGCUUGGUUUCGGUUGGACCAAUGGUGUGGCCCUGCAGCUCCUGGACCAGUAUGGGGCGACUCUCACCUCAGGAAGCGGACAUCUGUCUACUGGCCUCCUCCUGCCUCUGGUCGUCUCUGCCACUCUGAUGCUCCAGUGAAUCAGAGGUGACAAAAGGAGCCUGACUGGAGGUUGGGUUUUAUUAUUCCUGGUUUUCUGCGGCACUAACUCACACAGGGACCCACUGACUGACUGACAGGCCGACGAACACACACCGACAUUAAAAAUGAGACUAAAUUGCGCAUAUUUUAACCAGAUCUGAUAUUUUUCUAAACCGCUACACGAUCAGGAUCACUCUGAUUUGCAGGAGUAACAGGAUGUGAUUUAUCAUAACCAAAAAAAAAAAAACAAAAAUCCCUCUAUGAAUAUUUCAGUGUUUAUCCUCAAAGGUGGACGGUCUCUGGUGAUAUCAGGAGAUGCAGAUCAUAUUCAUAUAGGCUCCUCUGGUCCGACUCCAGCAGUGCAGGCUGUUUGGCGCUCUGUGCUGCUCGGAUCACAAACAUUAACUUGUCCCAGAUAUUGAACUGACAUCGCAGACGGUUAUCCACCUAAUUCAAUUACGAGGUUUGCUGCUGAACUGCAGCUUCGCUCCCUCUGAAGCCGUCUGUUUGCACGCAAGCCGGAAUGUAAACAAAACGAUCUCAUGUGAGAAAUAAAAUGUGAAGUGAAGGCAUUUAAAUAAUCUGUACGUGUCAACCGAAGGAUGUUGGGUGACGAUGCUGGUUUCAUAUCAUAUGUUAAAUAAAGUGAUGACUUCAGACAUUUAAA